GGGGGAGGGAGGGUUAAGUGGGGAAUUUGAGAAAGAGUAGCCCUGAGAUGUCCUACAAAAUGUACAUUCCGUUGAUGGAAAAUUUUAAUGCAGAAAAACCUCAAGAAACAGUGCUUGAAAACAUUUUAUGCUAUUAGUGAAUGUUUCUAUGUGAUGCAUGUAAUCAGCCUGUCUCUUUUGCCUGGAUAGGGAGUAUUUGCAGUCGUGUUGCUCUUGAAAAGUGGGGUUGGCAUCACUGUUCUCCAGUUUCUCCUUCCCUCUUCAGGUCAGUGUUACUUUUAGACUCCCCAUUCGCAGCAGGCUGUGUGAUGACUAUAAUCCCCACCUCUUCUCAUAAUGGCCUUCAUUGUGGCCAUUUCCUCUUCCACCAGAGCAGUGUGACAUUGAAUUGGAUAGAAAGAAAUCAAACUGCAUUACUCCCUGUGCCAAUCUUCAGUUGUGUUGUUUCUCCUUUUGAGAGCCGUUUGGCUGGAUCCCUUCACUCCAACAAUGAAUCCAGAAACUGCAGUGGAGAGCUCCUCCUGCCCUGCCUAAGUACAGGCAGUCUUUUGUUGGAGGGUGCCUUUUUUGUACUAAAUGUUACAAAUGUUUUAUUCCUGAGACAAACUCUGCCUUAUACUUUAAUUUUCCAGCAGAUGAAAGAGAGAGCUAUCCUGUAGAGCAUUACUUUCUCCCCCUCUCCUUGCUAGUUGUCACUCACUUUCUUCCUUCUUUGUAAAGUGAUUGGAAAAAAGAAUCUAUGGCAUUCUACACCUGGACCAUUUGAUUGUUUCCUUAUUUUGGAAUUGGUGUAUAUCAUGCAACCUUGCAGACUUAUGUCUUGUGUGUGUAUAUAUAUUAAAAAAAAAAAUCAGUGUUUAAAUAAAAAAGGCCUAUGUACUUAAUCCUUUAACUCUGCAGCAGCAUUUGGUAGAUAGUAAUUAACUGUGAAUAAUAAAUAUACAUUGAAUUCUUCACUUGAGCAUCUGUCUGUUAUUUCAUCUGAUCAGAAUAUGGCUGAUGAAGCUGAUUUGUAAGUGCUCAGGCUCACUGGCAUCAUGAUUGGUUCUCAGCAUGCUUAGCUCAAUUCAUUGCUCUUUCAGUCUAAGCCAACCACGAUCCAUGUCAUUUUCACUACUGCAAAUAGCAAAGAAAGGGGAAAGGAAUUCCUUGGUUCACUGCCAGGUAAGAAAACAGCGCAUCUGUUGGCAGAAUUUGGAGGUGGCACUUAAACAUUUCUUCUUCUUUUUUUUUUUUCUUAGCUCUUCCUAACCUGCGGAGCGUCCCUGUGGUGCUGACUGAUGUACCAAGGAGGCACUAAUGGAGAGUGAUAUACUAGUUAUUGCUGGAGCAUCUCGCUAAAGGACAGAGGGAAAGGCGAGCUGCUGUAAGAACAGCAGCUACAGCUCAGGCUGCCACAGGAAGAUUAGCUCUGCUUGGCAGGCAUGGUCGGCUAUGACCCAGAGGCAAAGUGUGUCUCCACGGUGGAAGCAGCUGCAGCAGGAUCAGCAUCGGGCUUCGUCACUCGGGUCCUGAUCAGCCCUUUGGACGUCAUCAAGAUCCGCUUUCAGCUUCAAAUUGAGCGGCUCUCCUCCAAAACUCCAGGGGCUAAAUAUCAUGGCAUCUUGCAGGCUGUACGGUGCAUAUUCCAGGAGGAGGGGAUGCUAGCCUUCUGGAAGGGUCACGUUCCUGCACAGCUCCUUUCAGUUGGCUAUGGAGCUGUUCAGUUCAUGGCUUUUGAAAGCUUGACCAAACUGGUGCACAACGUCACCUCAUACAAUGCCCGCAAUUCCUUUGUGCACUUCAUCUGUGGUGGACUAUCAGCUUGCACAGCCACUGUUGCAGUUCAGCCUGUUGACACACUACGUACCCGUUUUGCUGCUCAGGGUGAGCCUAAGGUCUAUCACAACCUUCACCACGCAGUGGUGACCAUGUACCAGACAGAAGGGCCUCGGACUUUCUAUAGAGGUCUGACCCCUACAGUCAUUGCUGUCUUCCCAUAUGCUGGUUUCCAAUUCUCCUUCUACAAUAUUCUGCAACAAUUUUCAGAACGGAUGAUUCCAGAUGAAGGAAAAGAAGGAGGCAAUGUUAAAAACCUUGUUUGUGGCAGCUGUGCUGGAAUCAUCAGUAAAACCCUCACUUACCCUUUUGACCUAGUCAAAAAACGACUGCAAGUGGGUGGCUUUGAGCAUGCCCGAGCAGCCUUUGGGCAGGUGCGGAUAUAUAGGGGUCUACUGGACUGCAUAAGGCAGAUCAUGCAAGAGGAGGGCCCGGGUGGAUUCUUUAAGGGCCUUUCACCCAGCUUGCUGAAGGCUGCUGUCUCUACUGGUCUCAUCUUCUUUACUUAUGAGCUGUUCUGCAGCCUGCUGUGUGCCCUGAAGAAUGCAGACAGCCCUAAGAGGAAGGAAGGCUGAAAGGGGCAUGUGUUUUGGCUACCUAGUUUUCUCCUGCUGGAGGGAAACUGAAGGCUUUGCUCUGUCUUUAUCAUGUUGGAAAUGUCAGAGCACCCAGAACUCCACUAGCCCAUAGGAAAUGAUGUCCUGUGUCCAAGCAGGAGACGAAGGUGACUGUAGUUCUGCUAAAUGCACUGAACUGCUUUACUGGAAGCUGUUAAAGAGAGCGCUUCUUUGUUCUGUCUCCCCUGAUGUCAGUAAGUGUUUAGUAAGAAGGGGAACCAAGCGUACAACUAACUACGGGUUGUGCUCUGACAAGACACUUAGUAAACUGGGUGAAUGCCUGCACUUGCCCUGGAUCACAGAUGGGUCCUGGAUAGCUAGUGCUGCCUCACCUGCAUAACACCGCUUUGUAAUGCUGCAUUUGCACAACUUUAUUUUCUUCCUUCUGGCCUGUGGUACACAGCCUGUUCUUCUCUAUGUUGCGCAGGCAGCUCUGCUCCACAGUUGAAAAGACAGUUAAAAUCACUUCAGCAUGCACAGAUGCUUGUUUUUUGUUUUCUUUGCUGCUAGUUGUUUUUUCUCGAUUAUGGCUUGCUGGCUGUGCAAGUCAUAAACAUGGCAUCUUUUAGUGGAUUAUACUAUCUCAAACGUGUUCUUCCUUUAACGCUGGUCAGCUUGACUGUAUCUUAAGUGCCAAUUUCUCUUCUGGCAUGUCUUUUCUCUCAAGAUUUUGCAUUGCCUUGGUUGUGCUUUUUACAAAUAAACCCACAGGAGAAGAAUCCCACUCUGUGAGGUUUUAACACACAAGCCCAAUUCUUACUUCAUGUUUUUUUGUUUCCCUGCUGCAGUGCAGUGGGUGAACAAGUGCUGUGUAGAUUUAAUUUAGACUAUGUUGGAAAACUGAAGGAAAGUCCUGUAGAAACUAUGCUAGUCUUCUUUUAAAAAUGGUUUCCUGUGGCAUUUUUACAGUAAUCAGGGUGUUAACCCCAGACAGUCUGGUCGCAUUCCAGCAUGACCAAUUCCAUUCUGUUGAUGCGAGCUUCUCCAAGCGAUUUUGAUUGUGUAUCAGUGUUAUUAUCCUGAGCUAUCAUGAGAGGCUCUUUUUAAAAAGCAGCUGUUUCACUGGUGGAUGAGUUAUCCGGUGAAAUUCUUACUGCAGGUGACUUUGAGACUGGUAUAAAAUUUGAUUCACUGUGCAUUUUCAGAUAGGAGGCUGAUACAUGAGACUCUAAGAGGGAUUUUUUAAAUGUUAAAUGCAUGCACUAAGAAAACGGGCAGGAAAAGGCUGCCAAGUUUUCUCAGAGUGCCUCAAUCCCACUGGUGUUUUGCUGUGUUAUGCAGGCUCUAAGGAGGACUCAAAAUGUGCUUAAAAAUAUUUUGCCUUUGUUUACUGUUUAUCUGUUAUUCUUGGAAGACAUCAUAGCCCAUAAUGACUUGGAGUACAUCAUAACCAGUAAUGAACUGAGCCUUGUGACAUCCUUCUGAGGCAGGGAAAUACUUUAUUUCAAAACAGGCAUAAACAGCUUGGGGUUGUUCCUGUUUUUUUGGCCACUGGUAGAGAGAGGAAUGCUGCAGCAAGGAUAGGACUGACUACAGCAGAAAAUUUUCCAUGCUGACUUAGACCUCCAUACCCCCAUAGGAAAUCUGGAGCCAUCCAUCCUGUUUAAACAUUACAAGACUCUUGUUUUCUGUAGAAGAGUGAUGUUCAGCUGCAUACAGUAGAGGUAAACUGGGUACGAACUCAGCAGUGAGAACAUCCUCUGGAUCAGAGGAUGAUUUUCUUUGGUUGUCACGGGGGCAAAGAAUAAAGAGCACAAAACUGUGCUCUGUUAAGAUUGUCUCUUGAGUGUGCUUUGGGGCUUGAGGUCAUGCAGGCAAGCUGCCGCAAGGUGUGUACAGCUUGCUUGCUCCAUGGAAGGGGUACCGAUGGAGAGUAUAGAACAGCCUCUUUUCCCUGGGAUAGUUUUCUCCACAAUGCGUGCCUUGCUUCCAACAGGUGUCAGCGUUUAAGUUACGCCAGUCCAGCCUGGCUCUCCACAGGCAGAGCUUCGGCAUUCUACAUGGUUUAUAGAUUCCUUAAGGAGGCCAUUAGGCCUAAAUGUUACAGGCUCAUAAAGGCAGCAGAUCUUUCAGUGAGUGGAGGAGAAAGAGGUGACAACCUCAGCUAUAGAAUAUGGGAAGUUGCAUCGAACUAUUACUUUGGACAGCAGUAUCUGUAAAUGAGGAGUUUGUGAUGUGCACUUGGCAGACUGAGAGUUGCUGCUGAGGAACCUCUGUAACAGCAACAUUGCUUUAGGGAGUGAGAGUGGUGUAAUGUAAAGAACAGGGCAAUAGGUCUUCUUUCUGAUGCUGCCCCAGCAAAACCCACGUAUACCAUUUGAAACAAAAUUUCCUAGAACUGGAAAAGCAGGAGACAGGAGAUAGCUGUGGUCCCCUGGUUCUUCCGUACAAUAGAACAGAUUUUCUCUUAGAAGCUUUGCAGUAGUUUGGUCCAGUUCCAGGUGAAGCCUGCGGUGGGUGACUUGCUGUGAGACCACCAGAGACCAACUGUUGGAAUGGCUGGGAUUCACUGAUGUAACCCCGUCAGUAGGGACUUGUCUUGCCUGAAAUUCACGUCUCAAGCUGCUCAGCUAUUGCACUUGUUUUCCUCCAGUGCCUUUUAUUGUGAUGAUGUCCAAAAGCACUUAGGCAGAGAGUGACAUCCAGGCUGGACGUGGCUCUGGGCAGCCUGGACUGGUGGUUGAUGUGACUGCUCGUGGCAGGGCAGUUGAAACUAGGUGGUCAUUGUGGUCCUUCUCAACCCAGGCCAUCCUGUGAUUCUGCAGUAGCACAAAUCACACUGUGGUAAUGGGCAUCCACUGUACCUGCCUGAGAUGGGAGAACCCUUACGCACAAAUUCUGUGAUGAAUGCACUGCUUCCUAUAGCACUGACCAUCAGUGACUCUUUGAGUUCCUAGGCAGUUGUAUGGAUGCUCAUCCAGAGCUGCAUAGCAUCAUCUUUAAAAAUAAAUGAAUGUUUUACAGCUGGUUCUGGAAUUGACUGUUUUUAAUUUGCAUUUAAGCUGUUAUUGUGAUGCAGAACAGUAAUUCUCUCUGUUGUCUGGGUGGAUCUUUUGCAGCUGCUGUAAUCUGAAAGCAUCUGUGCUCAAAGCACGUGACUACCUUUAUAAAGACAGAACAUUCAGUA